AUGACUGCUGAUGGUCCAGUGGCCGUUAAACUCGUUCUUGUAGGCGAUGGAGGCACUGGUAAAACAACGUUUGUGAAGCGUCAUCUGACGGGAGAGUUCGAAAAGAAGUACGUUGCCACUUUGGGUGUGGAAGUUCAUCCUUUAUCUUUCCAUACUAACCGCGGGGAGAUUCAGUUUAAUGUGUGGGAUACUGCUGGCCAAGAAAAAUUUGGUGGUCUUCGUGAUGGAUACUAUAUUCAAGGCCAGUGUGCCAUCAUCAUGUUUGACGUUACUAGUCGUGUUACUUACAAAAACGUGCCUAACUGGCAUCGCGAUCUUGUUCGCGUCUGUGAAAAUAUUCCCAUUGUUCUUUGUGGUAACAAAGUGGACAUAAAGGAUCGGAAAGUCAAGGCCAAGACCAUUACUUUUCACAGGAAAAAGAAUCUUCAGUACUACGAUAUUUCAGCCAAGUCAAAUUACAAUUUCGAGAAGCCUUUUCUCUGGCUCGCUCGGAAAUUGUUUGGUGAUCCCAACCUCGAGUUUGUAGCCAUGCCAGCUCUUCAACCUCCAGAUAUACAAAUGGACCAGAAUUUGGCGCAGGCUUAUGAACUCGAACUUCAAAUGGCUGCGCAGGCUCCAUUGCCAGACGAAGGAGACGAAGAUCUCUGA